AUGUUCAAUUUUUGUUCAAAACAAUUCAAACCAAUAAUCGAAUGUCACCAAUUACAAUUAGAUGGUUUCAGUGCAACCAAUCUCUUGCAAGAUUUUAUGGAUAACAAUGGAUUUAUGAUCGAAACAUUUCAACGUCCUCCAAUCGAUAUCAUCCUUUAUUUACCAUUUAAUAUCGACAUCAAACGAAUUUGCAUUGGAAAUACCAUUGGAAAUCAUCGUUCAACACACAUCGAUAUCAAUGUUAAUCGUGAUCAAGUAGAUAAUAAUUCCUCUUGGUUAAUUAAUAAGACAUGUCCGUAUAAUAUUAAUAAAAGACAACUUGUAUUUCAUCGUAUAGCCAAUAUUUUUAAUGAAAAUGAGCAAAUAAGACGUAUCGAGAUAACUGAGCAUUCGAGUAAAGAUGAGGACACACUUGACAAUAAUUUGACGUUUAAAUGCAAAUUUUUAUCAAAUUUAUAUUUGAAUAAUUGUAGUAAAAUAAAACUUUCAAUUAAGCGUACAUUUCGUUGUUCUACAGCUGUAUUAAAAUAUCUUGAAAUUUGGGGAACAUUAUCGUUAUCAAUUUCAAUCGACAUUUUGAACGAAAUCAAGAAAUUAAUGCCAGAAGAAAAAAAUACCCAAGUCAACAAAACUGAUCAGAAGAACAGUCAAUCGUCAAUAAGUACAACACCUGAAGUACCACGAGAAUUCAUUGAUCCACUAACAUGCAAUCUCAUGACAGUACCAGUUAUUUUACCAAGUGGGAUAAUAAUCGAUAGAUCUACGCUGGAAAAAUGUAUUAAUGAAGAUCGAUUAUGGGCUCGUACACCAAAAGAUCCAUUUACUCAAAAACCAUUUACGUCGGUAACACAACCGGUCGUAGCACAACAACUCAAAACUCGUAUCGAUACAUUUUUAACAAAUAACUCGAAUUGUUCAUCGUUGAAAAACAUACCACGUUUAUUAGAUGCUAGUAAACCAUGUAGAGAACCGGAUAUUUCAUUAUUUCCUUUUUCCAAAUCUUCACCAAGUACAAAUGGUUUAUUAAAGCGUCGACGAGAUAAUUAUGAUACAUUGCAUGAGACAUCAAAGCUAAAACUGGAUGAUCCAGCAACAACCAAUAAUUUUCAUGAACCACGUGUAAAACAAAGUGGCGUAUUGUAUAGAAACGAUAUUAGCGAUUAUUGUGAUAAAAAUGUUAGAAAACCGAACGAACUUGAAUCAAUUUCUGAUCUUAUACCAGAUGUUUAUGAAGGUGGUGCAAAAAUUUGGGAAUGUAGUCACGAUUUAACAUUAUUUAUUGACGAUAAUUAUGAACGAUGGAUAGAGAAUGGCUAUCGAACCGUACUGGAAGUUGGUUGUGGUCAUGCGUUACCUGCAAUACAAUUAAUCAAACACAAUUUCGAUGUUGAUCUUCAAGAUUUUAAUCGUGAAGUACUUGAGCAAAUUACAUUGAACAAUGUUAAAAAGGCUGUAAAUGAAAAAUAUUCUUAUAAUAAUCGUUUAUUUUUUGGUGAUUGGACUGAUCUAUUAGAAUUUAUACCAUCUAAGCACUAUGAUAUUAUUAUUACAUCCGAGACAAUUUACAGUAUAACAUCGUAUAAAAAAUUAAUCGAUUUAUUUGAUCAUACUUUAACAUAUAAUGGUGUUAUUUAUGUGGCUGCUAAAGUGCAUUAUUUUGGUGUCGAAGGCAAUAUUAACUUAUUCAAAGACUUUGUUUUGAAAACAAAGCGUUUUGAUGUUGCUGUUGAGAAGACAAUUGAUGCAAAUGUAAAACGUCAGUUAUUGCGAAUUACGCGUCAAACAUCAACAUCUGUAGAAUACUGA